UCUAUCAGCUCAACGUGAUAGGUACGCCGUCGUUGCCGCGCCGCCGCCCGUACAAAGUUUUCGACUGCAUGAAUAAUAAAAACAUAACGAGUCCGUGUCAGUAGACAAUCAGACAGCCAUCAGUAAAUAUCGCGCUAGGUACUUGGACCGCAGCAGAAGGCAGGAUUCAACCGUCGGAACCCGUGACGGAACGAUCGGUUUUGAAUGCGCGCGCGCAUGCUUCGGAAGAUUUAUCGAGAUCGCAAAAUCGAUCGCGGCGAAACAAGACAAACUUGGUGACGAAUUGAUUGAAGUUGGUUGGCUUGCGGCAAAUUGGGCAACCUGUUACUCGAAGCGAGCACCAGGAUCAGUGAACAUGUGAUUUAUCGAGACUGCCCGAAAUAAGGAAUAAAGGAAACGCGUUCGAAGAUGUUCCCAGGGAGCGUGUGAAUGUUUGUGGAAUCCUGUUCCCCACUUACCACCCCCCUUGCGGUUGUUUGAAAAGUGAACGAGGGAAAUAUUUGUGUUAUUAUUUAUUGUUUCGAAAAUUUGAUGCGUCAAGAGGGGGAUCAGUCAGUCGGCGCUGCAGCUUGCUGAGACGAAUGCAUCCAGCGGGAUGCGAAAAUUGAAAUUUUAAGUGGAGUGACAGUGCGGUAUAUUGUUGCUGGCAGUUGUUUGUGGAUUUUUUGUUUGUGUUAUGGUAGCAGAGCAUCGCGGGAGGAAUGCUGACAAUGCGAGCCACCGAUAUGAGCGGGAUUUUAAAUUAGGCCCGAAAAUGAGUGCAAAUAUUUCAUCGAAAUUAUACGUUUUGAAUUUGUGAUCCAGAUCCAGAUUGCUGUCCUGAACGGAAUCAGGAUCGGACCAGCACUUUGUGGAGUAAAGCACACAUCAUCAAGUUACCGUAAGCGGAGUUCUGUCUCUCGAAGACGGGGAGCAAUUUUCGGAGCCAUAGCAAAAGUUUAGCAGCCGAGAAAAUAUUUUUUGUGAAAAUGUCGCUUGAUAACAGCUUGGACGAGGAGUACGGAUCCAGUGUUGGUGAAGCGGAACCAAUGGGGACGCUCAAAAGGAUCAAGUUGGAGAGUGACAACGAUAGCCAAAACGGAAGUUUCGGCGAACUGCUAAACAGUACAAACAUCAAAAGUGGAUUAGACAUGCGCAUUCGAUGUGAUGACGGUGCGCUAGGAAAUGCCAAUUCUGUUUUGAGUGGGGCUGCGACUGAGAGUCUGCUCGGUGGCGGAAUCUACGGUGGUGGUGGCAGUGGCCUGAAUAACAAUAACAACAGUGACGCCUUGAACAACAACAACAAUUCCGUCAAAGUGAAACUUGGCGACGUCGAUGAGGUGAAAUUUGGCGAGUUUAGUAAAUUUCUAGCCGAUAAUGAGAAGGACGAGAAUAUGGCAACGGUGUUGGAGCUACUGCACGAAAACUAUGGUCUGAUCCAGCGGUACGCCUCCGGCUACGAUUGCAACAGCGAAAAGUGUCAGUACGAGAACCUGCACGAGCACUUCCACUGCUACGAUACGUUCUGCCGGGGGAAGGUCCUGUACAAAAAGUACGAAAUCAUCCGGCAUCUCAAGUGGCACAAAAAGCGGAAGGAAUCCCUCAAGUAUGGAUUUUAUCGGUUUUCUUCCUCGGAUGACUGUAGCAUCCAGUACGGGAGCUGUCAGCAUAACCACAAGCACACGCACUAUCACUGUGUGCACGAGAACUGUGAUAAGGUGUACAUCAGUACCAGCGACGUGCAGAUGCAUGCCAACUACCACCGGAAGCACGAGGCGAUAGUGAAGAAUGGAUUUCAACGGUUUCGGGCCACGGAGGAAUGCAAAACGGACCAUUGUGUGUUUAAGGGUCAGAAAACGACACACUUUCACUGCAGGCGGGAGAAUUGCAAGUACACCUUCAAGAAUAAGGCGGAUAUGGAAAAACACAAAACUUACCACCUGAAGGACGAAAUGCUGCUCCGGGAUGGCUACAAAAAGUUCCUCAAAUCGGAAGAUUGUACCUACAAAAAUUGCCGCUUUUCACGGGUUUGCAACCAUAUCCACUGUAUGCACGAGAACUGUCACUAUGUGCUGCACUCUAGCGGUCAGCUGUUAAGUCACAAGCGGAAACACGAACGAAUGGAUACCGAAGUGGACUACCGUCGGUUCCAGAUGGCGCGCAAUUUGUUGAGCAAAUUCAACAAUACCUAUCGCACCGAAGACGGUACAUCACCGGUGAAAGACGACGAAGAGCCUCCCACUUCUCCGCAGUCAGCCGAAGCGGUGGUUAGAAACCCUGUGCUGGACUUGCUAGCGAUUAUGUCCGAGCUUACGUUUAGGGCGCUUCCACUACAAAUGAUGCUCCACAUGAGAAUGCAGAUGCUGCAAAACAUGAGCUAUGAGCAAGUGCUGGCACCGGAAAACGUCGAGGGAAUAAAAAGGCUAUCUGAAAGUGGGUUUGCGGAAGAAUAUCUCAGGCAACUUUAUAAACUCAACGAAAGCAUGUGCCAUUCAAACGAUCACCCUGCAAUGGAUGUCGAUUCAUCCGUGUUGGGAAUGACCAUGACGCAAGGGAGUCCAAUAGCUGACGUGUCUAGUAUUUUUGGUAGCUCAAGUAGUCAGCCAUCACUAAAGCGGAAGCUCGAAGAAGAAUUUUCGCCCUCUUCGGCUUCUUUGAAUUUAGAAUCGCCUUUCUCUUUAUCAAAAGAAGCUAACAUAACCCUGAACAAGUCCAAACUACUCUCCAACCCAUCUGUAGAUUAUCGCCUGCUAAAAAAAGAAGAUACCGGUUUUGGAGAGACUUGUUCAGAGACAUCUACCUCACAGCCGGAUCGACCGAAGAAUCUGCUGGAAAGUGCCAACUUUCUGCAGUUCACCUCCAGUAAAACGCUGUUCAACAGAAAACGAGGUCGUCCACGUAAGAAUCAUGUAAUGGAAGUGUACAACAAUGUUCAGGAUUCUCCACAAGCCAUAUUCACCAGUUUCAAACUGGAGAAGAGUGACUCCAAGCAAACCGAACACCACAAAGAACCGCUGCAGGAGCUAAAAAAAGAACAGUACCACCGCAACGAAGAGGAAGAGCAUGCCAUGAAGCGGGGCGGUGCAAGUCCUUCGAAACGUUUCCUACCCAUGGGUGGCUGGGAACCAGGACCUUCAUCUUUAUUCGGGAUACCUGAUUUCAGAGGAUUUUCACAGCUUUUGGAGAAGCACAUGCGGGAGGUCAAAACGGAGCCAACUGCCACCGUAACGCACGAACUCGAUCUUUCUACUAAGGAUAAGGUUCGGAACCAUCUCAAGUGCGUCGUGUGCAACAACCUGUUCGACAACUUUGCUGACAUUAAAGAACACGAUUGUGCAGGCAAAGUACCAGAGAAACCAUUGCUGACGUUCCCGCCGGGAAUCUCAAUGCACCAGUCAACCUCGCUCCGAAAUCCUUUUCUGCCGGAAUCUGAGGUAAACCGGUUAAUGUAUCAACCGGCACCGGUAGUAAGUCUUCUCCCAGCGUCAUCAUCAUUGACAACCUCCUCGGCUAAGGAAUCGAUUUCGUUGGUUAAAACCACCGGGACCUUCUUUCCGGAUGUGAAUGCGAAUAAGUUGAAAUACUUCUAACGAGGGUGGGUCUGCGCAGUGGGGGAUGUUAUUCAGGGAUAUCAGUCGUACUCAGUUGGUCAUAAGUACAGUAUCUACGUAUGACAGAAAAAGAGAAAUUGUAGAAUAUCAUCGGAUGUUUAGCGUAAUAGGAGUUAGAGGCUUACUUUUUAGGAAACUUGUCAGUAGUAGAAUUAUUCAUACCGUGUCAUAUCAUCAGUUUGUUCUGAACGAAAACGAAUGCCAUAUAUUCAAUUGGCCAUACGACAUGCUCAAAACGAAGAUAUUUUAUAUUUUGUUAUGAAGAGAUGCUUAGAAAUAUAAAUGUAUGCUUAAUUGCGCGAAUAUUUUGGUAUUCGAACGAUUGUGUUAUAUAACCCAGUGAGAGUCAGAAAAGUACUACUAAUUAGAUAAUACAAGUUUACUGUGAU